CUCCCUCUCACAUCAAGGAUCUACUAAGGACUACGAUAUGUCCUAAAACGAUGGCGUUUCCUGUUGGAGUAUCAUGAAACGACAGCGUAACAGAUUAUAUAUAUAGAUAGUUGUAUGUCUUGAGAACCCUAGAGUGAGAUGGUGAGAGUGAGUAGAGUGUUGCUCGGAGUCAGAGAUGGAGGGUUUGGAAUUAGCAAGAGCCUAUUGGAGAUACUGGUCUGCCCUCUCUCAAAACAACCCUUGAGGAUGUGCGAGCAAUCGAAUUCUCUCAUCAGCGACGCGAUCGGCGUUGCUUAUCCUAUAGCGAAUGGGAUCCCUUGCCUUGUGCCGAAGGAUGGGAAGAUAAUUGACACUGAUGACAUGCCGAAACCUGCAGGUCCUGGAAUUGAAUGAUAUGUUAUGUCUUACUUCUAGCUUGUUCCAGGAAUUGGAAAACAAGUGAGUUGAAGAUGAAUUUGGCAUAUAUUUAUUUCGUAUAAACUCAUUACUUUUGUGUUUUGAACAUUCAAACCUUCAGGCUGUUUGGAUCCUGGAUUUGUUAAGGGGUUUGUGGAGGAAAAAGAAUGGAAAGGGAGGUGUAUGAAUUAUAAGUUAUAUUAUUUUCACUUCCUUUCCAUUUCUUUUUCCUCCACAAAUCCAUGAUCCAAUCACAUCAUUAGGAUUUUGUGUUGUAGAAGUGUGAAAUUUUGAGAAGAUAUAUGUCUUUGUUUUUUCUUUCCUUUGUGAGGGGUUGAGGAAUUGAGGGCAGAGUGAGAGCUAAUUGAUUAUUUUUAGCUCCACUGGGAUGGAAAAACCAGGUUGAAGUGCAUUUUGAGCAGCUAUCAUGAAUGAAGAGCCAAAUGAGCUUCCAUGUUUCCUUCUUGUUUUUAAGAGGAGAAUGAUACAGACCAAAGAUAAUACUUGAGGGUUUGUUCUCCCGACUGCAGAGAGAAAACCCAAUCUUUUGGCAAGCAGAGACCUAUAUAGGUUUUGAUUUUGUAGUAAUAAUGACUGAGAAUUAGAACAAUCUACAGUUUGCAGUGGCUUUCAUUGCCGAGGCUGCUGCUAGAAGGGAAAAAUAGUAGGAAUAGGAAGAGUUCGUGUAUGAAAAUUGUCCAAUUGCAUAUAAUCAAGACAUAUACUGUAUAAUUGUGUAUAGGGAGAGGCUAUGAAAUUCCAUACCUACAAUUUUUUGCAAUGAGAUUGAAUGAGCUUCAUAUUAGAAUAGACCAUUAUAUCUCCAUGUGGAAUGAAAUAUGAUAAUCAUAUUGAAUUGAAAACAUAUUUCGUCCAUUGGCUAUGUUGCUAUUUUCACAUCUUUUCACGUUUCUCUAAAAAAAGGGAAGCCAGUUUGUUUAUAACCAAUGCGCAUGAUAUGUUUGCAAUUUAAUCCUCAAAUAAGCUAGGUUGGGCACCCUAUUGCUUUUGUGGAAUCAGAUUGUUGAAGGAGAUUUCACCCUCGUGACUGCCGCUGCUCCAACACAAAGGAUGAGGUGGGUUGGAAUCGCUUAACAGGUAAUGCAGUUUCUUCCGCAAAUUAGAUCGCUGAAUCACUCACCCUUUAUUUUCCUUUUUUGUUAGAACUUUUAUUAGGAUUCCCAACUGGCUAUUGCAGUUUCUUGCAACAAAUUAGAUCGUUGAAUCUUGCACCUUUGUUUUCCUUUUUUUUAAAAGAGAUUUUAUAAGGAUUCCUAUCUGGUUGAUGUUACCGCGUAUCUAUGUUCGAUGGCUUUUACUAGUCUCCUAGAAUGUCUUUUAAGAAGAUUCUGCAGCUGAAAUUUGAGUGGAGCUUAAAGUAGAGGUCCCUACUCUUUACAAAAAAUGAUUCUCUCUUCUCUCCCAAUUUGUCAAUGCUGCAAUGAGACGUUUCAGAAAAAAGCAUUGCAUAACGAGAUUCACAUAUUUGUACGAAAAGCAAACUUUUUAGGAGAGUUAUAGCUUGGAGAGAAAGUGUUGGCUCUGUUUUGAAUUGUUGCUUUUGUUCAGGUGCACUUUGGUUCUUGUUCCAAUUUUGUUUCUUUCUGGGAAAGCAUUGUGUGUGCUUAUAAAGAUGAGAGACUGGAGAAUUGAGAAACUGGGUUCAGUACUUUUGCUAGUACCAUUUUGUGUGAAGGAAAUUGAAGAGGCUGACAAAUUGACAGUGAUCUGCUUCUGCAGGUGAAUUUAAUUUUGUGAAUGACUUAUUUAGAUGUUGAAUUUGUGGACCAACAAUGAUUGAGACCCUUUUUUUUUGGACCUCCACAAUCCCUUUUAGAUCUCAACCAUUGAUGUAUAUGUGAGACCCACUCACAUAUACAUCAAUGGUUGAGAUCUAAAAAGGGUUGUGGGGAUUCCAAAAAAAGAGAGUCCCAAGCAUUUUUCUUUGUGGACAAGAAGAAAAAGGAGAAAGGAAAAGUGAACACAAAAUUUAGGAUUAAUUACACUUAGCAUCUCCACUUUUGUGGAGGGAGGGCACUUUGCGUCGGUUUUGAGAUUAGUUGAGGGUUUGCUUGGAUACCUGAUAAUCAAAAAAAUUACACUUGGCAUCCUUGUACUUUUAUGAAAUUCUCACUUUGACUCCUCAAAUUUUCAAAUUUUAAUUGUGAUAGCUAACCCUUUACAUUUUAAGUCAAAUUGCAAGGUUAGUUUUCUUUUUUUCUAAUAUUAAUAAGACUAAUGGAGAUUAUAUAUAAGCUACACCUGACAUUUGUUUUCUCUCUUUAAAACCCUUACAUUUUCACCAAAUUUUUACUUUUAGUCUUUUUGCAAUUUCAGUAAAAUAUCACUUUGAUCUCUCCCUUUUAAUUUUUUGCCAACCUCACUUUGGUGGUCUUGGACUAUUUCUUGUUUGCCUAGGUUAGGCUAGCCAAAACUGCAUAGUAAUUUUUUGGUCGUCUUGGACUAUUUUUUAAAUUUGGUCCAAAAUUAAUUAUAAUCGGUCACAUUAAAAAAGUGAAAUCUUAAAUUUUUCUUUUUUGUGAUACAAUUAAUUAUGAUUGGUCGGGAUUAAAUCUAACGACACCCUUUACCCUUAAGCACCAUAGGUUAUUUGGGUUAAAGUGGUGCAUGAACUAUAACCAACAAUGACAAACAACAACUUGAAGUCAACUUCCCAAAUCCAAAGAAUAGUAACUAUUCCAUAUAUGUAACUUAAUUCAAUGUGAAAUAUUAAUCAAAUAUAAUAAUAAUAUAAUGGUCAAGAGUGACACUCAUUUAGGUACAACCGCUUUGUGUUGAACACUCAAAAUCGUCUCUCUCCAUUCUCCGAACCCAACCACCCUUCAAAACCAAGCAAAAAACAACUCAAGCAACCCAAUUUAAACUCUCUUGUCAAGGCUCUCUAACACAAAUGUCUAAUCCACGUCUAAGCCAAUGGUUAUCAAAAAGUUCAUAUCCUCCAUCUCUACUCUCAUCGGUCUCAAAGGGUUGCAGAGAAUCAAACAUCGAUCGCCUUGCGAAGCCAUUGCAUUCAAUAUUGGAGGUGUUGUCAAGGAGGGAGCGAAUGAUUCAAGACAUGGUCAGACUGCGCUUGACGGUGAGAUGUGUUGUGUGUGCUUGUUGAGAUUGGAGGAGGGAGAAGAUAGAAGGGUUCUUCCUUGCCGGCAUGAGUUUCAUCGAGCGUGCGUCAAUAGAUGGCUUAAUGGGUGUCAGAAAACGUGUCCGGUGUGCCGGUUUUUGGUGGAAGAUGAAGAGAAGUCUAGGGUUAAGGAAGCUUUAACUGAUGAGAUGGUUAUUUGGUUUUCUUCCUUUCAUGUUGCUGGCUUUUGAGUUGUGAAAAAAAAAUCAACCAACAAAAAAAAAUAAAAACUCUCUCUCUCUCUCUCUCUCUGUGAUUAUCAGUAUGGGUUAAAUAUACUGUUGGCCAGCAAAGUGUGCAUUCCGUUUUAUUUUUCUCUCAUAUUUCAAUUGUGUCAAUUUAAUUAUCAAUUUAUCUAAUUUAUAUUUAAAUGUUUGAAAA